AUGGUUACAAGCCUAGAAGAUAUCACCAGUCUGCGAUUAUGGAAGGGCAUCGUGGCGGAAUUUGUCGGGACCCUUCUGUUGACACUGGUUGGUUGCGGUUCUUGCAUCGAUCUUACCGGAAACGUUGCCAAGACGUCUCCUAUCGUGCAGAUAGCCUUGUGUUUUGGCCUGAGCGUGGGUACAAUUGUUUGGUCCAUCGCUCACAUCUCAGGUGGGCAUAUCAAUCCGGCAGUUACGGCAGCCAUGCUGGCAACCAGGAAGAUCAGCCUGGCCAAAGCAGUAUUCUUCAUCUUGUUUCAGCUGAUUGGUGCUGUCGUGGGAGCCGGCAUUUUGUUUGGUCUGACGCCAGCUGACUACCAUGGCAACCUAGGCAUGACAAAAGUUAGCGAGAAGAUCAAUAUCGGACAAGCGAUUGGCGUGGAGCUAUUCAUUACCUUCAUACUUGUCUUCACCGUGUUUGCAUCCUGCGAUUCCAAGAGGCGUGACUUGAAUGGCUCCACCCCUUUGUCCAUUGGCUUAUCUGUGACAAUGUGUCAUCUGUGGGCGAUUGAUUUCACUGGCUCCAGCAUGAACACUGCACGCAGUUUCGGACCGGCUCUUGUAAUGGGCAACUGGGACAAGCAUUGGGUGUACUGGCUAGGGCCCAUCCUGGGUGGACUCAUCGCUGGACUUCUCUACGAGCAUCUGUUUGCUGUCAACGCUAGCCUGGCCAAGGCCAAGGCCUGUCUGCUGUCCAGCGAUUAUGAUGAUGACAAAUACAAGGCUAGGAAGAUCAAG